UGAGAGUGAGAAACUGAGGAAAUAUCUGGGAGUGGACAAUGAUCGGGAAGUCUUACUUCGUCCUCUCACUUCUCCAAGAGGGAGCAGCACAGGAAGAGGUCAUUCAGCCCAAGCAGAGCAUGUGGGCAGUUCCUCCCCAGGCGAGCAGUCGGACAGGUCCUGGAGCUUGAGAGUGAGAAGCUGAUGGAAUAUCUGGGAGUGGACUAUGAUCGGGAAAUCUUACUUCUUCCUCUCACUUCUCCAAGAACUUGAAAGUGAGAAACUGAUGAAACAUCUGAGAGUGGACAAUGAUCGGGAAAUCUUACUUCCUCCUGUCGCUUCUCCAAGUUGGACUGUCACAAGAGUGGAAAGGCGACACUCCACGAGAGGUGACAGCGCAGGAAGGUUCGUGUGUACAGAUUCCAUGUCAUUACAGUUAUCCAUCACGUUUGGAAAACCAACCACGAGUCGGAGUCUGGUUUAAUAACAAGAAUCAGAUUCCUGGAUCUCCCAUAGCCUUUCACUCCAAAGAUCACAGUCACGAGUUACCACGGUUCCACCAUCGGACCCGGCUGUCUGGAGACCUGAAAGAUGGCGACUGUUCCCUGAUUAUAAACAACAUCAGACGGGAAGAUGCAGGACCUUAUUUUUUCAGAAUAGAAUUUGACAGAAGUAAUAGAUACAACUACUAUACUGUAACCCAGCUUCACGUUUCUGAUUUCACAGAUAAACCCACGAUAUUCCCUGCUGAAAUUAUUGCAGGAAAAUGUGUGGAUGUAAGAUGCACCUUCAACACAACGUGCAAUGGAAUAGCAGCACCUGUCUUAACCUGGGACACUCCCACUGACGUACCUGGAUCAGUCUCAAACACUGCAACUCAGCAUAGUGUCACUCUGACCUAUACUUCUGUUCUGACCCUGAUCCCAUCACUCAAACACCACGGACACACUCUCAGCUGCAGAGUGAGAUAUCCAUCUGUUUCAUCAGAGCGGACCCUCCUACUAACUGUGCAAUAUGCACCACAGAAUCUCUCAAUUAAUUCUCUUGAUAUGAUUAACGCUUCAUCAAUCAAUAUAAUUGAGGGGAAUUCUGCAGUGAUAAUCUGCUCUGUCGAGAGCUUCCCAGCUUCUAACCUGACGUGGCAACAUCUUAAUGUCCCAAUGAACAGAACAAGUUCUAACAAUGUGCUGUGGUUGGUGAUUCCUCACGUUACAUCCAGGGACACUGGAGACUAUCAGUGUGUGGCAGAGAAUGAACAUGGAGCAGUGGAGGGGUUCAUAACUAUCACUGUGGAACAUACACCACGGAAUCUCUCAAUUACUUCUCUUGAUAUGAUUAAUGCUUCAUCGAUCAAUAUAAUUGAGAGGAAUUCUACAGCGAUAAUCUGUUCUGUCGAGAGCUUCCCAGCUUCUAACCUCACGUGGCGACAUCUUAAUGUCCCAAAGAACAGAACAAGUUCCAACAAUGAGCUGUGGUUGGUGAUUCCACACGUUACAUCCAGGGACACUGGAGACUAUCAGUGUGUGGCAGAGAAUGAACAUGGAGCAGUGGAGGGGUUCAUAACCAUCACUGUGGAACAUGCACCACAGAAUCUCUCAAUUAAUUCUCUUGAUAUGAUUAACGCUUCAUCGAUCAAUAUAAUUGAGGGGAAUUCUGCAGUGAUAAUCUGCUCUGUCGAGAGCUUCCCAGCUUCUAACCUCACGUGGCGACAUCUUAAUGUCCCAAAGAACAGAACAAGUUCCAACAAUGAGCUGUGGUUGGUGAUUCCUCACGUUACAUCCGGGGACACUGGAGACUAUCAGUGUGUGGCAGAGAAUGAACAUGGAGCAGUGGAGGGGUUCAUAACCAUCACUGUGGAAUAUGCACCACGGAAUCUCUCAAUUAAUUCUCUUGAUAUGAUUAACAUUUCAUCGAUCAAUAUAAUUGAGGGGAAUUCUGCAGUGAUAAUCUGCUCUGUCGAGAGCUUCCCAGCUUCUAACCUCACGUGGCGACAUCUUAAUGUCCAAAUGAACAGAACAAGUUCCAACAAUGAGCUGUGGUUGGUGAUUCUUCACGUUACAUCCAGGGACACUGGAGACUAUCAGUGUGUGGCAGAGAACGAACGUGGAGCAGUGGAGGGGUCCAUAACCAUCACUGUGGAACAUGCACCACAGAAUCUCUCAAUUAAUUCUCUUGAUGUGAUUAACGUUUCAUCGAUCAAUAUAAUUGAGGGGAAUUCUGCAGUGAUAAUCUGCUCUGUCGAGAGCUUCCCAGCUUCUAACCUGACGUGGCGACAUCUUAAUGUCCCAAUGAACAGAACCAGUUCCAACAUGCUGCACUGGAGUCUCGGUAUCAGCUCCGAUUCUGUGUUGAAGGAAGGUAAGCUCCGGAUCAACAAGUCCCUGAAUUAG